CUUACUUUGGGUUCAGAACAAUGUAUGUGAUGUUGUACGCACUUUUAUAAUACAAGCCCUGCUUAGUUAGGGCGUUAUGUCAAAAAUUGUGGAAUAUUAUAUUUAUAAUGGACCGAAAAAAGGGAACCCAUUACCAAGUAAUCAAAUAGGAUAGGUAUAGUCUAAAAGCCAACAGCCUGUAUUAAACACCUCUAGAAAUCCACAAUUAUCAUUCAAGAGUCCACUUGAUAGUUUUCAUAUAAAGACAACUCAACUCUUAACUCUUCGACUUCAAAGCCAGUUCUUCCAAAGUUCGCAUCAUGAAGGUUUUAUUCCUCUUAGGGCUGGUCGCCAGCGUGUAUUCCCUGGGAUACCAUGAGGAUAUUGGGAUACCGGAGUACGCAAGGCUGAGGAAUGGAGAGGCUGUCAGUUCUAGAAUAAUCGGGGGCUUUCCAACUAAGAGCACACAGCAUACUUAUGCGGUUGGCGUUCUGGUUACUCUCCGCACUGGACAGCUGUCGGUUUGCGGAGGCACUAUCUUGAGUCAGCACCGUAUCCUCACCGCCGCGCAGUGCUGGUACGAUGGUUACAACCAGGGCAAGAAGAUGAUUAUACGUUACGGGUCUCCCCGACUGUUCGGCGGCAACUCUCGUGACGUCAUCGGCGUGGACAUCCAUCCUAACUUCGACCCCCUGAUCCCGAUCCAUGACAUCGCUGUGCUUUCUGUCAACUAUAACAUGUAUUUCGGCGAUUACGCUCAACCAGUGAUGUUGCCAACUAAGAACGAUGUGAACAAGACUUUUACGGGAGUCGGGGCACACAUCGUUGGAUACGGGAAGACUGGUGACUGGAGUCCAAUAGGACCGGCGCAGGUUCGUCAGAGCGUGUCGGUGCCUGUGGUGAGUAUCUGGAACUGCUACGAGACCUUCGGCUAUUACGACCCGGAGAAGCAGAUGUGCACCCAGGGCAACGCGUGGGGAGCGUGCACCGGCGACGUCGGGGGACCCCUGGUCAUCAAGAACUACUUCAACGGAACUGAUUUAUUGAUUGGCGUGACAUCCCUUGUGUCUCCGGUGGGCUGUGACAACGGUUUUCCUAACGGAUACACCCGAGUCACUUACUACCUAGACUGGAUUCUGAGCCAGUUGUAAACAGUGAACAACACCAGCUCACACAGGCAAAUGAUGUUUCAAUAGGACAAAAUGUAUAUGGCAUUAUAUACCAACAGAACUCUAUGUAUCUACAUUCUACGCAUAUAAAAAAUUAUUAUUUUUAUUCGUCAACC